CUAUUGUUGACACACGACCGGCCGAUCGGGUUUAGCUAGUCGGCGGAAUGCCUCCGUAUCUAUGUCAUGGAUUAGGUUUCUAAAUCGCUUUGUAUACAUUACACCUUGAUACCUGUCAUAUCUUAUUAAUGCAGCUUUUGGUUACCACAAAUGGACACGCAACUUGAUGGCACCUGUUGGACAACAUUGAGUCAGCCCUGAUAAGAUGUCUGUCAGGGUUUGUGUGUAUCCGGUUCCAUUGAGAGACCCUGGGAGCCUAUCGCGCUAUGGCAGUGCAUCCAGCUCGAUUGUCAGUGGACCAGUGUCGCCCUCACCGCUUAUCUCUGCCUCAACGAUGGCUGCCCUAUCCCGACAAGCUGUGGAUAUGUCAGCCUCAACCAACCAAAGGCCAGAUGCAGUGGUCUCCACACCAACACAGAGCCGGAUCUGUUCUCUACCUGAGAUACCAAACAGCCCAAGUGCACGGUCAGUCACGUCCUCCGACUCCCCAUUCCUCAUUCAAGUCAGGAACAUCACUGAGAAGCAGAAUCAGCAAACCUCUGUUAAGUCUUCACAGCACUGUACUGCACGGAACAGUACAUUUCCAAACUUUCGAGCUCUUCAAAGACUUUCGCUUAGUGCAAAGACAAAAGCAGCAAGUCCUAAUAAAAACCCCAGAAGAAGUAGCACUACGUAUGAUUAUUUCAACCCAGACCUCAACCAGAACAGUACCUCUUCUAAAUCAAGCAGCUCAAGAACACCAUUGUUGUACAGGGCAGAUGACCAAACCCAACGUUCAGGUCAAGAUUUAAGGAAGGACCAGAGCCUUGAUGAUAGAGGAACGCCAGCUGCUUUUAGUGCACUUGAAAGUUUACCAGGAAACAGGCACAGUGAUACGGAGAGACGACAAUGCUUGUCGUCUGAGGAGACGAUACAAGGUUAUGUUGCAGAUCAUUCAGUGUCACCCAAAUUCCACAAAAAGAAAUCAGCCAAGAAAAAGAAGAGGAAGACCAAAAGGACAAAAUCCAGGGCCCACCAUUUACAGAAGCAUCCCCAGGAUAGCAGGCGAUCCAGUUCCGAUAAAACAGCUCCAUUACAAGAUAACUCUCUGGGUGCCAUACUCCGGGCCAUGCCUGUUAUGGUGGAAACAAAAAAGAUAGAAGUGUACAGCUCACGCUACAGCAAAUGUGACACAGAGAGGAUUGUGUCUCAUCAGAAUGAGAAAAAGUCAUUGGGUGAUGAGAGAGGAGACAUUCCUAAGUAUACAAACUCUCCAUACAGGGAUUCACCGCAGGGGGCUCUCCUCAUGAGCAAAGUUUCCCUUGAGGGCCCCGACCCAGUCAUCUAUGCCAGCAGGGUGUCACCUCGAAUCCCUGGCCCGUCUGGACCUGGGGGCGGCUCCAGAGACCAAGGCAACAUGUCAAGGGUGACAAGGGUGUACCUGUCAGAGAAACAGUCUGGCAACCUCAGGGAGUGUGGCUUGAUUCUUCCCUGUGCACCGCCUGGUACCCCGACCCCUCAGAUGUUGCAGAGGUACCAGUACAUCCCAUCUAUGAUGGACUUAAGGAGCCAGCGAGCUGUCCGAGAUCGCCUGUCCGGGAUGGAGCAGAAAGCAAAGAAGAAGCAACAGCAGCAGAGGGAGGAGGCCCGGAAGACAGAACAGCAGCUCCAGCGUGACCAGGCCGUUGCCUGGAAACAGCGGCAGAGGCGGGAGAUCUAUGCCCUCAACAAAAUCAUGACCGAGUUUGAGGCGAAAAACUUCCAAGAGUUCAUGAAGAGGAUGAGUGAAAAGACUCCUUGAUGAUGAGAACCACUGGUGUGUUUCAGACAUCCGGCCAUUUUUGAAAUCAGUUGGCAGUAAGGCAUGUACAGACACUAUGUUUCUCGAUAUUUAACAUUGAAAGUGUGAAAAACAACUCAAACACAGAAGUGUGCACGGCAGUAUAAGAUAGACAACUUAAAACCGACGGGUGCCUUUUUAUUGUUAGUAUUUUUCACUAUGCAUGAUUAUGUACAUGUACAUUUGUGCACAUGUACAGCCUAUUUCAUUUUUACAUCCGUGGACAUUUGUACGUGUCAAGUGUACGUCCUAUAAUCGGCAAUUGGACUUGAACUGUGUGUAGUGUGGUGUACGUUUUGAUGGCAAUGCUUGUUUUGUAAUUUUACAAUCGUGUUUUAUUUUGUAAAGCCCAGUGCAUGAAUUCCAAAUAGGGCUGACCUAGCUACAUUUAUACCACUCACUUUGCUUUUUUCAUGGGUUGAGUAAAAGGGAAUAAAACCUCUUACAAAGGUCUAAA